AGGCUCCAGUAUAUAAAUCAGGCAAAUUCCCCAUUUGAGCAUGAACCUCUGAAAACUGCCGGCAUCUAAGGUCUCCUCCAAGGCCCUCUGGAGUGCAGCCCAUAAUGAAGGUCUUGGCAACAGGAGUCGUGCCCCUGCUGCUGGUUCUGCACUGGAAACACGGGGCGGGGAGCCCCCUUCCCAUCACUCCUGUCAACGCCACCUGUGUCACACGCCACCCAUGUCACAGCAACCUCAUGAACCAGAUCAGGAGCCAACUGGCACAACUCAACAGCAGUGCCAACGCCCUCUUCAUUCUCUAUUACACAGCCCAGGGGGAGCCAUUCCCCAACAACCUGGACAAGCUGUGUGGCCCCAACGUCACAGACUUCCCUCCCUUCCAUGCCAAUGGCACGGAGAAGGCCCGGCUGGUGGAGCUGUACCGCAUCAUCGCCUACCUGGGCGCCUCCCUAGGCAACAUCACACGGGAUCAGAAGACCCUCAAUCCCAACGCCGUCAGCCUCCACAGCAAGCUGAACACCACCUCGGACAUCAUGCGGGGCCUCCUCAGCAACGUGCACUGCCGCCUGUGCAGCAAGUACCACGUGGCCCACGUGGAGGUGGCCUAUGGCCCCGACACAUCGGACAAGGAUGUCUUCCAGAAGAAGAAGCUGGGCUGUCAGCUCCUGGGGAAGUAUAAGCAGGUCAUCGCCAUGCUGGCCCAGGCCUUCUAGACAGGAGGUCUUGAAGCAUGCGG